UUCAUCAGCAAGGGAAACAAGCUUGUAAGCUGAGGGAGAGAGGGGAGAGUUGAGAAGAGCACAAAGAGAAGGAAAGCAAAAGCAGAAUUAGAAAACAUUCCCAAAUUCAGGAUUAGAGAGGCAAAUCAUAAUGAAGCUGUUUUGCUUGUUGUUGGUACUAGCCAGCUCCCCUGCUGCUGUCCAUCUGGAUACCUCAGGUAGACAAGAGCAUCCCAACUUGCAUUCCCAGGCCUUUGUCACAGCACCGACCCCAACUGAGGCAAGGUCUCGCUUUGCCAUGCUGGAUGAUGUUCGCCUACUAGCAAAUGGCCUCCUCCAACUUGGCCAGAGCUUACGAGAGUUUGUCCACAAGACCAAAGCCCAAAUCAAUGACAUCUUCCAAAAACUGAACAUUUUUGACCGCUCCUUUAACCACCUCUCAGUGGUCACAUCAGAAAUCAAGGAAGAAGAGGAAGAGCUUAAGAAGACCACCAGUAUCUUGAAGGCCAACAAUGAAGAGAUCAAGAAUUUGUCACUGGAAAUCAACUCUAAGAUCAACAGCAUCCUGCAAGAGCGUGCGCAACUGCAGAACAAAGUGGGGAGCCUUGAAGAGAGGCUGAAGGGAUUGUCCCAGAGCAUGAUCCCUGCUGAGCAACUUAACGAAAUCACAACGCUCAAGGAAGUGAUUGAUGCGCAAGAAAAAACCAUCACCAAUCUUUUAAAAGCCGUGAAGGAGCAGCACGAUCAGUUGGACCACCAGAAAAGCAAGAUUAAAAACCUGGAAGAAAAGCUGAGCUUUGACAGUUAUCAAGAUACUGCUGAUAAGUCACCGGAUUCAGACCAAACAGCUGCUGAUAUGUUUGAAUAUCUGACAGGAAACUCAACUGGCCUGGAGGCAAAUGACCUCCCUGUGGACUGCAGUGAGUUGUUUAAUAAAGGAGAAGCAAGCAGUGGGAUUUAUGUCAUCAAACCAAACCAAUCUGAACCCUUCAAUGUUUAUUGUGAAAUGGAUUCAGACGGAGGUUCAACCGUCAUCCAGAGUAGGACUGAUGGUUCAGUGGACUUUGACCAGACAUGGAAAACGUAUGAAAAGGGCUUUGGAGAUCUGGAAAAGGACUUCUGGCUGGGCUUAAAGAAAAUACACAGCCUUGCAAAACAGGGAACUUACAUCCUGCAUAUUGAUCUCGAAGACUGGAAGGAGGAAAAGCAUUGGGCUGAGUACAGUUUUUUGCUGGAAGGUCCUGCUAAGGACUACACUCUUCAUGUCAGGAACUUCUCAGGUGACCUUCCAGAUGCAAUGACCAACCUCACCGGCAUUAGAUUCUCCACCAAAGACAGGAAUAACAACAACCAACCCACCUCCAACUGUUCUCGCAAUAAAACAGGUGGAUGGUGGUUCAAUGCUUGUGGCGAAACCAACCUAAAUGGAAAGUACCAGUGGUUAAGGGCAAAGGGACGCUCUGUAAGGAGGAAGGGUAUUCUCUGGAAGCCUGGCACUGGUUCAUCAUAUUCUUUCAAGAUGACCAAAAUCACCUUGCGACCGGCCCCAACUACAGAUGCUGCCAAAUGAGCACCACAGUUCUCACAUUCUCUUACAGUAUUAGUGGUUAUUUUUCACGUGUAUUGAAAGAUAAUAUAAAAAAAUCCAUAUUCAGAGGGAAAUAGCAUGCAUUAGAUAUGUUUAUCAUGCUAAAUUCUUAAUUAACCUGUAGUGAGAAGCUUUUUGCCUCCUAACAUUUUGGCACAUAGCAAUCAGACUUGCAAAACUGUUGCAAUUAUGCAACCAUGACAUGUAGGCUGUUAACCUAUUGGGUGUGAUCCAGCAAGGACAGUAGAACCGUUAUUAUGCAACAUUUGCAAUCAUUUGCAAAACAGACGUAUUAAGCCACAUUUGCAACUUGGUUUCAUGUUAGCUGCAAAAUACCACAGAGCUGCAGCAGAACAGAGAGCUCUAAGGAGAUUACAAUCCUAAAAAUGAGAUUAUGUGACCACAUUUUAGGUGAACCUAAAUGCAUUUGACAGCUUCUGUGUCCGCUGAGCUAUUUUAAAGUGUAUUUAUCUUUAAGUGAAAGAGUGCUGAUUGUUCUCUGAGGCUACAGGUACAAUUAUCAGUAAGUUAUUACAUAAUGCAUGCAAAUUAUAUAAGUAAAGGUUCAAGAGAAAUACUGUCAUUUCUAACAUCUGAAAAGUAGCCUUCUUCAUAUAGCUUCAUUCCCAGAUUAAUGAAAAAAAACUAAGUGGGAAUAGUGUCAGUAGUCGAAUAGCCUACAAAAUAUUAGUCAUAUAAAGCUUUAGCAGUGCACUGA